AUGAGCGAAGUAGCAAAUGGUAGCAAACCUCGCAAGGUCCUCAGAGUGGGAAUCAUCGGUUUGGGAGAGCUCGCUCAGGUAUCCCACAUUCUUGUGCUGAAUAGUCUGUCCAACCACUUCGAGAUCACCUAUAUCUGUGAUGUCUCCCAGCAAGCCAUUGACCUCUGCGCCAAGAAGGUUGCUGGCGGUUUACCCAAGACGACGUUGAGUCCCGAAGAGCUGAUUGCCGCUCCUGAAACGGACGUCGUCGUCAUCUGCAACGUCAACGCAUUCCAUCCCGCACAAGCGAUCCUGGCUCUUCAGCACAACAAGUACGUGUUUGUGGAGAAGCCGCUCGCAUUGAACUACCGCGAUCUCGAUGCCAUCAUCGCCGCGGAGCAAACCUCAGAGGGGAGAGUCUUUGUGGGAUACCAGAGGCGAUAUGCCGCAUCUUUCCUCGACGCUGUAAAGGAGGUGCAAGGGAUCAAGAAAAUUGACUACAUCCGGGUCAGGGAUAUCAUUGGGCAAAACAGGUCUUUCGUAGACCAGUCUGGCACAUUCCCCGAGAAAUACACCGACUAUCCAAAACAAGCUACCGCAGAGAUGCGGUCAAUCGAGGAAGAGAUGGUCAAAACAGCUCUAGUUGGCGAAUUUGGAGUUGAAGCAACGCCUGAGUCAAUGACAAUAUUCAGGUUGUUCACAGGACUUGGUGUUCAUGAUUUCUCAGCUCUGCGCGAGAUGAUAGGCCUGCCCUCACGUGUCGUGGGCGCCUCUCUCGGUUUGCCAAUUUGGAAUGUGCUUUUCCAGUACGAAGGCUUUCCUGUCAUGUACGAGUCGGGCAUCAUCGACGUGCCCAGGUUCGACGCUCACCUCGAGGUUUACUCGCGAGAAAAGAUUGUGCGCAUCGACUACGAUACACCGUACGUCAAGGGACUCCCUGUUACCAUGACAAUCAGGGAGAGAAUCGAGAGUGCCCAAGGCGAUGGUUACCAGGAGAGAAUGGUGAGGAAGACCUACGAGGAUCCUUUUACGCUGGAGUUCUUGGACUUUUAUUCAUGCGCCACAAAGAAGACGAGCCCGAAAACUUCGGCCGUGGAUGCUCGGGAAGAUUUAGACUUGAUAAAGAUGAUCAUGCAGAAUGCCUACUCUUAA